AUGGCUCUUGCAAAUGCAACUUUUGCGGAAAUUUUGGACGAUUUAUCAAGUCGAUUUAUAAUAAACGUUCCUGAAGAAGAACUAGCUUCAGUUGAAAGGAUAUGUUUUCAAAUUGAACAAGCCCAUUGGUUUUAUGAAGAUUUUGUUAGAGAACAAAAUCCAAGCUUACCUAGUUUCAACCUGAAGAACUUUUCAGCAAAAUAUAUCCUUUAUUUUUUACAUUGUCCUUUGUUGCAUCAAUGGUCUCACGAACAUGAAAAGGCCUUUGCUGAUUUUAUGCAAUAUAAAAUCAGGGUCCCCGUAUGCGGAGCAAUUAUGUUAAAUGAACCCAUGGAAAAGUGUGUAUUAGUUAAAGGAUGGUCUUCUCGUUCAGGUUGGGGUUUUCCUAAAGGAAAAAUAAAUAAGGAUGAACCUGAUUCUAUCUGUGCUGCUAGAGAGGUUUUGGAAGAAACCGGAUAUGAUAUUUCCCCUUUAAUUAAAGAGCAGGAUUAUGUUGAAUUAACAAUUCGUGAACAACGAAUACGCUUGUAUAUAGUAGUAGGUGUACCUGAAGAUACGGAAUUUUGCCCCAAAACACGAAAAGAAAUUAGUAAGAUAGAGUGGCAUAAGGUGGCCGAUUUACCAACGUGGAUAAAAAGCAGGGAUAGAGACACACCGUACCAUUGUGGAGGUGGCUGUGUGAAAUAUGGAAGUAGUAGAUUUUAUAUGGUUGUUCCCUUCGUGAGCAAACUGCGAAAUUGGCUUAAAACACAGAAAAAAAAUCGUAAGAAAACCGCUGAAGCAUCAAACCAAGAUGAAUCAACUGAAGUAGUGAUAUUUAAUGGACAUGCUGCAACUUCGGACGCCAAGGAGACGUCACCAGAAACUUCCGUACCGGGCACAGAGAGUGAAAGUAGCCAUCACGAACAAUCUCCGAAUAUCAGCGCACAACUUGGACAAUUUUCCUUACCGGCUUUAACAUUUAAUCUACCCGAGCUUGGUCCAAAUUCAGUACUUUCACCAGAGGAGCUAAACGCAAAUCAUUCACAAAAUAAUUUUUUGAAAAAUAUUCCGCAUAGUAAUUCACAAACUCCAAUUCCCAACAAAGAUAGUUACGACAUAACUGCCCCAAUUCCAAUACACGCAAAUACAAAUGUCGCAAUUGCUGCUUUGGAUCCUGAACAAAAACUUCGACGAAAUUCGUUAUUAAAUAUAUUUUCUUCAUCGACUUCUUCUAAACAAUCUGGCUCGGAUGUUUCCGUUCCUUCAAUGACUGUCGAAUAUGAUACACAACGAAGAACAUCUUUGCUGAAUGUGCUUCAACCGGAAACAUUAGCUAUUAGUGCAAUUCCUUCGAAAAACUUGACACAUGAUGAUAUCAUCCAACAUCAGUUACAACAAACCAAAGCACAAUAUUUGCCAGAAUCUUACGAUAAUAUAAAGUCAUCAAAUGAUGCCAUAUUUAAUAUGUUUCAACAUCAUAUAAAUCAAAGUAUUCCUCAAAAUGAUAAUCAUUUAGCAUCAAAUUUACCAUUAGGAAUAAUACCUAAUUCCACAAACCAAAGGGAUCCUACAUACGAUAGAAGCAUGAUGACGCCAAAAAUAUCUUCUAACAUUGGACAUAUUGGACAAGGUCGACCUACGAAUAAUGUUAAUACUCGUGAAGUUUCACGUAAAUUGUCACUAUUGGGGUUGUUUUCUACCACUCCAACUUCUGGUAAUGGUUCCAUGAUCAACAUUUCUUCAAUUGACAACCCAGUCAAUCAUCAAAGUAUUAUCUUUUCGAAUGCAAGUACAAGUUACAGUAAUUCACCGAGUAUUAUUCAACGAUUAGGUACUCCGAUCUCAUCAGGCAAUCUACUACAUACGAAUAACGAGUCAUUGCUGCGUUUUAUCAAAUCGUCAUCUUUACCGCAAAGCAAUCCUACUUCUCCAAAAAUUGUCGUCUCGAGUGCUAACAGUAAAUCUUCAACAUUAUUGCAAGAUUACGGACGAUCAAAUAAUUUCAAUAUGACUAACGAGACAGAUGAAAGGAGUAACGACCGAUUUGUGGAUGAUUUCACUCGAAUUAAUUAUGCACCUAAUAAUACAGAUUCACAUGACGAUCAACGUGUAUUACAACCUUCCGGUAAUAAUAACAAACUUGUUGAGUCAACACUGGAUAUACGUGUUCGUCGUGAGCUUCUUGAUCGGAUUCAAGGAUUUAUUCCUCCCAGUGGUACGAAAUCACAAGAAAACAAUGUCUUAUCUUUUAUUUAUGAUAAAAAUCCCAUGUCUAGUUUCAAAUUUGAUGUAGAGAAGAUUGUUGCGGCUUUAUAA